GCGAGCCAGAAAGAGCCUUCAGUCCCAGCAGCUCCUGCUCCAGCGCGUAGGACAGAACCGAUAGCCGCUCAUAGAUGUGAAGCUAGCUAUCUUUGCUCUGUGGGAGAGAAAGGAGUUAGAAAGGAGAAGUUAGAAGAAAGGAAAGAGUCCAGCAGCUCGGGGAACCUUAAACGGAGAUCCGUGGCUCGGGAUUAUGGGGCGCAUGCGCUGCAGCUUCUCGGCUCUAACAUCUGUUCUCUUCUCUCUGAUAUUUCAGGCCAGUACUUUCACCCACAUAACCAGUAACUUGUGUAAGUGGUGCGAUCAGUCCAGUCCAGUGUGUGAGGACAACAUCUGCAUGAGCAACUGCAACUUCAGCUCCUUCUGUAUGCUGACUGAGGAGGUCUGUGUGGCUAUAUGGAAGAAGGAGAAUGAGAGUGUAAGUGUACAGACCAUGUGCCACAAUCCUCAGCACGCUCUGGAGAACAUAGUGCUGUCCAACCACAGCUCCACAGAGUGUGUGAUGACUCCACUGCCCUCUGAGAACGGCAUGCUGUUCCUGUGCAGCUGCGUCAGAGAACAUGACUGCAAUGACAGGCUUAUCUUUGACAAGGGACCACAUGGUUUCUCCAGGUUAAAGAGUAAAGAUGUGAUUCCAGUGGUGGUGAUAAGCCUGGUUCCUCCACUGCUGGUAGCGGUCAUUGCAACAAUGGCCUUCUACCUGUACCGCACACGCCGGCCCAGCAAACAACCCAAAGACUGGGCCCCAAAGCGCACUCAUUACCAGUCUCUGGACCCACCAGAGGGCUGUGUGGGUGAAGUCAAUGGCAGUGACUUCCAUGGAAAGCUUCUGUCCUUCAGCGUGGACGCCAAUUCAGACCUGUCAUCGAGCUGUGCCAACAGCCUGAACCACAACACCGAGCACCUGCCCAUUCAGCUGGAAGCACUGGUGGGCAAGGGGCGCUUUGCUGAGGUGUGGAGGGCACGACUCAACCACAGUGAAUGUGGGCAGUACGAGACAGUGGCGGUGAAAAUCUUCCCGGCUGUGGAAUACGCCUCCUGGCGCAACGAAAGGGCCAUCUUCUCUGAUGUCAAUCUGAGGCAUGAGAACAUUGUGCAGUUCUUGACAGCUGAGGAGCGAGGGGGAACACCUGGUUCCCCCCAGAGGCAGUACUGGCUCAUUAUGGCCUAUCAUGCUUUGGGGAACCUGCAGGACUUUCUGAUUAACAACAUCCUGAGCUGGACACAGUUGUGUGCAAUGGCAGGCUCAGUGGCUCGGGGCCUAGCACACCUGCACAGCGACACUACGCCCUGCGGCAUUCCUAAAGUGCCAAUCGCUCAUCGGGACCUGAAGAGCAGCAACAUAGUGGUGAAAAGCCACGCCGAGUGUGCUCUGUGUGACUUCGGCCUGGCUCUGAGGCUAGACCUUGCUCUUACUGUGGAUGACUUCGCCAACAGUGGGCAGGUGGGCACGGCCCGAUACAUGGCCCCUGAGGUCCUAGAGUCUCGGGUGAACCUGGAGGACCUGGAGUCCUUCAAACAGAUGGAUGUCUACUCCAUGGCUCUGGUGCUGUGGGAAAUGUCAUCUCGCUGUGAUGUUAUAGGGGAAGUGAAGAGCUAUGAGCCUCCAUUUGGUUCGAAAGUGUGUGAGCAGCCGUGUGUGGACAGCAUGAGGGAUCUGGUACUGAGGGACAGAGGACGACCCGACAUCCCACCCAGCUGGACAAUACAUCCGGGAAUGCAGCUGCUGAGUGCUACUAUAACUGAAUGCUGGGAUCACGACCCAGAAGCCCGUCUGACUGCACACUGUGUGCUGGAGCGCUUCAACACGCUGGCCCAGGACGAGCUGGAGAGCACCGCCAUCUCUGUCCCCAUCCCAAACUCCACAGAGCAGCAGGACUCCUUUCUUCCCUCUCCCUGCACCCCUCCAAGUCCCCCGCUCCAUCCUCAAAACCCCACCUCAGCCGAGGCUCACACCACUGCCUCCUCCAGGCAACCCAGUGAAGUCUGACCGCUCCCAAAGCUCUACAAAACAGACUUGUUUUUGUUAUAUAUAUAUUGGUUCAAUAUGUGGAGCUGGUCUCCAUCAGUUUCUUAUUAUUUUUUAUCUAAAUAUCAGCUUUUGGUUUUGGUAUCAUAGGAAUUAAUGAACAUAAUGUGCCACUGGAAAAGGACUGGAGAAGGAUAAGCAGGAUAAUGUAGGCCCUGGGUUCAGAGUUUUGUCAUAUUUCCAUAACUUCUCACUCUACUUAAAUAUAAAUGCGCCAACAAGGAUACUUUCAGCGAUGCCAGUUUAGAACCACUGUUGGUUUUGUUAAAAACGUUCAGUGCCUGGUUCUGUAGAAAGCCUUUUAUAUCCAUGAAAUGUGAAGAACAUUUCUGACGUCUUAGACCGGCCAGAUUUUUGCUCUAAACUAACUAAACAACAAAAGGCCCCGUGUUCAGAGUUUUCAUAUUUUUAUAACUUCCUUACUCACCUUAAAUAUAAACGCAGCAAAGAUGUUUGUGAUUUUUCCAAAACGUUUAAUGGAAUUAAUGUUCUUUGGAGACCCUUCUUUUCACACUAAAUGUGAAAAAAAAAUGUUUUUAAAAAACUUCCACAUAAUUUAACAGUUGUAUGAAGAGCCCCUUGAAGUGCUUCAGAACAUCUACAAUAUGUGAAGGUUCUCCAAACCUUUAAACCCCAGGUCUUAAUAUCUGUACCUUGCAUUCUGUUUCCAGAAAGUUAACAGUUAAUGCAACUGACUGGAUUACAAAUCAGUUUAGAACUGGAAAUUGGAUACAGAUUUACAGUAUCCAAAAAAUGUGGAUCUUUAAGCGUGUUUUCCCACCAGAGCAAUUUAUUCUGGUUUCAGUCAAAUAUACUCCUCAUGUUUGAGCUGAACAGCUGUUCAGGUGCAGUUGAACUUGAUUUAUUAUUCUCAAAGUUACCACAGAUACCAUGUUAACUAAUGCCAUCUCUGCUGCUGCUCUAUGUUAAAACUGCCCUGAAAAACAAGCUAGUGUAGAUCACAGAACCUGCUUUCUGUAUUUGCGCCAACUUGCAACACUAAAGGAUAGAGCAAAAUUGUGCACCACUUUGUUAGUACAGUGACAACCUCUGUACUAAAGAACCAUGAUUAUUUGUAAAUGUAAUUGACCAAAUGGGAUCUAAACUUAAUUUAACGUAGCCUUUGUGGCAACUUUUUAAUAUAAAAUAGGAGUAAAGCUACAUUGCCUGUGCAGAUGUUUACUUUUCUCACAGCAUUUGAAAAAAGAAAAAAAAAAAAAUCAGCUUCAGCUGUCUCAGGACCCUCACCACAAGUUAACACAGCAGCAGCAAAGCCUCCAGACCCAGAAGUCCCUAACUAUGCUUGCGUGGUAUGUCCCAUUUCUGCUGGCGCAAAAAUGUUUUCCAAAAACUGUUUACCACACAUCAUUUUCUCAUUUGAGAAUUUUCCAUUGCCCUCCGAGUCGCUUGCUUUUAACAACAAUGUGGUCGUCCCAAGCAGCUCGACUUUGGGAGGGUUUCAAUUUGAUUAACCACAGGCCCUGAGCUGAGCGCACGCGUCAAAGGCCCAACACACAAGCAGACGGGAAGCACUGCUUUUUUCAGAUGAAAGAAAAUCAGAGAGCGUUUUAUUGUUCCCUUAAAUUGAUCAGCGCACAUAGGCUUUCCUUUAUGGAAACAAUUCAUAGCCGUUUCAAAAUAUGCCUUAAACUUGAGGUUUACGUUCCUUUUGAUACAAGACAUUGUUGUAUUGCACACUUUUAAUUACUGGCUUUCCUGCUUCAAUUACUGCCAGUCUUAUUUACUGUCUAACACAGUUAAAAAAGGGUCACACACACACCAGCCAAGAGGCUUUUGGAAGAGUUCGCAUCUUUGAUGUUUGAUGUGUUAAAUUUAAUUUCAUUUUGGCUGAUUUGGCUGACAAUUCAGUUUAAACUAUUAAACCGUUUAUUAGAAAGCCGACAUGAGUGAAGGUCUCACGCAAUAAUAAAUUAAGAAGCACAGGACACUGACUGCCACUUUUAAUUAAAAUAACUUGGGUCAGGUUGAAGUCAGUAUUACUCUAGGCCUGGCCUUGCAAGGAUGAAAUUCCAAGUAAAAAAUAAAAGCUUAAAAAUACAACUUUUAACUCAAAUCUACGUCUUAAUAGGGGAGGGCGGGAUGGUCAACAUAUUAUAAUCAUUAAUCGUGAUAAAUGAUAUAUAUUAAUAUUUUGAAACAUACGCAGUACAAAAAGACUUGUUAAAAACGUUUUUAAAAUAACAAACAAUUCUCACAUACUUAUUAUAGUGAUUUCACACUGAGAUGCCAAAGUUUAAGGAGACUAGUAUCGUGUUCCCUGUUCUCUGGACGACAGUUAUGGUCAGUAAAGCUAAGUAAGGCUAAUAAACAAAACUGUUCUUUAAAAAAAAAAGUUUUCUUUCAAAGUCAAACGAGUGCUGGCGUUAUUCUACACAGAUUUCUCUCCUGAAAACUGUUUAUUUGGGUGAGUAAAGAAUUUUAGAUUCCUGAUUUUUUUUCCAGCACUAAGGCUGGAUUAUUAGCAUUAGCCGCUAACCACUAGUGUUAGCAGCUAAUCCCGCCCGACAGCACUACAUUAAGGAAACCCAAGUGUUCUGAUAAGCCAGGGCGAUAUUAGCUUUUGGUUUAUCCCACAUAGCUUGUUUUAACACGGUAAACGCACAGGCUACAGUCCGAUAUACUUACCUCUGAACAGCGAAAGAGCUAGCGCCUAGCGGCUAAUGCUAAUGCUUCAGCAGUGUUAGCUGGGGUUCUUACAACCUGACUGGUAAAAUUCAUAUGUAAGGUGCAUUGACAAUUUUGGGGAAAAUUUUAUUAUUUUAAAGUGCACCUUAUAGUGCAGAAAAUAUUGUAAUACUUUAGUUUAACAUACUGCUAUCCCAAGACUUUUGGCAUUUCAGUGUUCAUUACUGUUGUGAUGCACUUCAUCCUAUUAAAAAUGACUAUUUAAUACACUGUUGGUAAUUAAAUACACAGCUGUAUGUAUUUAAGCACUGAUAACUACGACAAAAGGAAAUUUAUCACGAUAUGAUAAAACCUUGUUAUACCACCCAACUGGAAGUUUUAGUUUAGGGAAAUCAGAGUGUCUAAUAAUUUCAAAGUGGUAGUCUGAGGAAGGGGUAUCAGUCUAUGGCAUUUAUGUUCUAUGCUGGAUCAUGCACUGAGUGUAGAGGCAACAACAAAAAACUGAUUUGGGGAUUUUCUUUUUCUUUUCUUUUUUGUGAAGAAAACCAAAAAGAAUUAAGCUGUUAAUGCCUUACAAAUGAAGGUACAGAUCUAUUGAGCCAUUGUGUCCUUCAUUUACUGUGAACUGGUGUCACAAAUGUACAGAACAUAUACUCAUAAAGUGUUUAUGUAUCAUUG